CAUAAAUAGAAUCACAAUGGUUUAUAGUUACUUCAAAAUGAUGAUGGUAAAUAUUUUAUUGCUUAUAGUGUGUUGCGUUUUAAUAACCGAGGUAACAAGUGACACCUGCACCAAACAGACCACUCCCAAGACAGUCUUUAAAAUUAUUAAAACAAAGUAUAAAUGGAGCCAAUCGAUUAAAGCAUGUCAAGAUGAGGGUGCAGCAUUGGCCAGUAUUCAAACAAAAGAAAAAAGUGAUGCCAUAUACAACUUCAUUAUUUCUGAAGGUAUAAGUUCAGCAGAUGUAUAUCAUGGUAUUUGGACAUCUGGAAAUAAGCUCAAGGACAAAGUUAACUGGUUCUGGCUAGCUCAGGAACCAGUUGUUUUUACUAACUGGGAUAUUAAGCACGGCGAACCUAACGGUCCGAAAGCAGAACACUGCAUUUCUUUUUAUAACAACGGAUCGUCUGCUGUAUGGAAUGAUGAAGGUUGUGAAAACCAUGAGUUAUACCCCCUUUGUGAAAAACCUGUUUGUAGUGCCUUAAAUCCAAGUCCACAUAAAGAAAUAACAGAAUUACAUUGUCAUUGUCAUUGUGGAAAUAACUGCCAAGCUGAUACACAAAUAGUUGUAUGAAUCCAAUCGUACAUUCUUUGACUGUUUUUGCUGUCAAUUUUAAAGAACCGUUUGGAUUGAAAUGAAAUUUGACACACGCAGAGUUAACAUGUCAAAGUGAUGUUGUGCCGAUGUGCGCUUUUGCCUUGGGGGUAAGUUUCACCCCUUCACGGGGGUUAAAAAAUAAAAGUCUAAAAUAAGUCCGGAAAUGGAUAAACUGACUAAUUUUAAUCAACUUUUGUUCUAUAAUGUUUUUUCACCAAGUUAUAACCACGUUAUUAGACGGUUUUUCGGAAAUAACUCAAAUAGUAAGUAUUUUAUCGAAAAAAUGUUUUAGAAAAACUAUAGCCUGUAAAAAAGUGAAAAAAAUAGUGUAUGUGUUAUAGUCAAAGCCCGAAUUUCAGGCACUCCUAGGUUUGACUAUGCAAUCCUCAGGUCUGACUGACGAUCUUAGUCAAAGCCCGAAAUAAAGUUACAGUUUCGGCCUUUGACUAGUGAAACCUAGGAGAGACUAAGUUGGUCAGGCAAAGGUCGAAAUUUAAUUUUAUAAAAUCGGGGUUUGACUAGUCAAACCCCGAUCAGCUAUUAAAAUGUCGUAAUUUGUUAGAUUAAGUUUAAUAAAACGUCAUUUUUUAAUUUUAAUGUUUAUUAUUUUUAUAUUGUCGUAAUUAAUAUUACAAAAAUAGUGCUUAUUCUCACAUGUUGAGGCAUUAUGGCAUUUAGAGUUGCACAAUACGUUAGACCUUUUACAAUUUUGAGGAGCAUUUCUUAUUGCAGUAGCAUUUUAUAAAGCCUUGUUCUCCAAAUUUAAAAUCUUUUGUACUCAUUUCUCUUAGAGACAACUUAACGUCUGGAACAUCAUCGAAAUUAAGAAAAAUCUCUUUGCAUUCUCUUAUUUGAUUUCUUGAAACAAGUUUGUUUAUUGUUCCGUAUGUAUUUCGUACCAACUCUAUAUAAACGGUCAAUUGUUUUAUCUUGUAUGAUACUCAAAAUAUUUCGAGCAUCUCUUUGGCUCUAUCAAAACUGGGGAUAGUUAUUGUUACAGUUAUUCCGAUAGAAAUUGGAGGACUUUUUUUUUCAUUUAAUUGUUUCGUAGUAUUAACCUGGGCAUGAAGACCUUCAAUCGCCUUUCCUAUAUUUAUUUUAAUCUUUUCUGUCUGUGUAACAAUACCUAUAUCCCAGCUUUCAUAUAGCCAAAGGAGAUGCUCGAAAUAUUUUGGGUAUCAUAAAAGCUAAAACAAUUGACGUUUAUAUAGAGUUGGUACAAAAUACGGAACAAUAAACAUUAUUUUUUCAAGAAAUCAAAUAAGAGAAUACAAAGAGAUUUUUUUUAAUUUCGAAGAUGUUCCAGACGUUAAGAUGUCUCUAAGAGAAAUUAGUACAAAAGAUUCUAAAUUCGGAGGACAAGGCUGUAUAAAAUGCUACUGCAGUAAGAAAUGCUCUUCAAAAUUAUGUAAGUGUAAAAAAGUUCUAACGUAUUGUGCAACCCUAAAUGCCAUAAUGCCUCAACUUGUGUGAGUUAACACUAUUUAUUUUAUUUUAAUUACGAAAAUAUAAAAAUAAUAAACAUUAAAAUUAAAAAAUGACGUUUUAUUAAAUCUAAUCUAACAAAGAACGACAGUUUAAUAGCUGAUCGGGGUUUGACUAGUCAAACCCCGAUUUCAUAAAAUUAAAUUUCGACCUUUGCCUGACCAACUUAGUCUCCUUAGGUUUGACUAAUCAAAGGCCGAAACUGUAAUUUAUUUCGGGCUUUGACUAAGACCGUCAGUCAGACCUGAGGAUUGCCUAGUCAAACCUAGGAGUGCCUGAAAUUCUUUAUAUAGGGCUUUGACUAUAACAUAUGCAUGAAGUCUUAAGACCUAGUAGAAGGAGAGUUAUAUCUAAAGAAAAAUAUGGUCAAAUUCGCCAAAUUACAAAUAGGAUAUUUCAACGGGAAGUUUUCAAAAAAUAAAGCACUUUUUGGAGAAAACGCAUUACAAUUUUUUAUGUGUUUAAAAAAAGCUUUAUUUCUGUUUUUAUAAAAAAGAUUCUAACAUUAAAAUUAAACAAGUUACGCUCAAAAUACAAUUGGUAAUUUUGUUUUGGCAAAAAAAAUCUGGAAAAUCACCCUCUAAUUAGCAACUUAAAUGAAAUUAAUCGUUACCGCUUCACAAGUUGCUUUACUUAUGUUGUGUUUAUAUGAUCAGUAAGUUUAAUCUAUUCAACGUUUUGAAGAAAUUGGUUUUAAAAUAAAAAUUUUUAAAUUUUUAAUUUUUAAAUUUUUUUUUAAAUAACUUAAAUAUUAUUAGAGGUAUCAAAAAUCUCAAACAGUAAAAAAAUUAGCUCUGUUUUCUUGAAUAUCUUGUAUUUUCUUGUUUUUCUUAAGACAAAAAUUGGUUAAGAUUUGGUGUUUCUAAAUUUGCAUACGCUCGUGAUUGGUGACUCUUUCAAGACAUUUCAUAAGUACAGCUCUUUCAAAAAUAAGGACUUUGAACCAUACAGGAUCAUAUAAAAAAUACAUACACCAGUAAAGCAAUUUGUGAACUGGUAACAAUUAAUUUCAUUUGAGAUGCUAAUUAGGGGGUGAUUUUCCCGAUUUUUUUACCAAAAAAAAGGGACCAUGGACGUAUAAAUAAAGAUUAUUUAAACGUCCAUGAAAGGGACCAACUUUAUUUUGAGCGUAAUAAACUUUUGAUGCUAGUAUUUUUUUUUAUAUAACAAAAAUAAAGCUUAUUUUAAACACUUUAAAAAAGUUGUAAUGAGUUUUCCCCAAAAAGUGCUUAAUUUUUUGGUCAUUUCAUGUUAAAAUAUUUGACUUUUAAUUCGACGAAUAUGAACCUAUUUUUCAUUAGCUAUAACUCUGCUUCUACUAGGUCUAGACAUCUAGCCCGUAAACUGUUUUUUCACUUUUUUACAGGCUAUAUUUUUGGUAUAAAUAUUUUAUCUACAAAGUAUUUACUUUUUGAGUUAUUUGCGAAAAAACCUCUAUUAACAUGGUUAUUUUGUUAAAAAAUGAACAUAUUCGCUCGCAAAUAACUCGAAAAGUAUUGACUUGGUGAAAAAUUUCUGUUAAACAAAAGUUGCUUAAAAUUAGUCAGUUUAUCCAUUUCCAGACUUAUUUUGGACGUAUAUUUUUCAGCUCCGAGAAGGGGUGAAACUCACCCCCAGGGCAAAAGCACACAUCAUCACAAUAUCAUUUUUUUCUGCGACUUGUCAGCUAUGUGUAUGCCAAAUUUCAUGUCAAUCUAAGCGGUUCUUUAAAAUUUAGAGGUUUUGCCAUAUUUUACCGUUAAAGAACGUACUACAAAGAUACUUAAUAUGUACCUAUGUAUAAGUUUAAUCAUAUAGAAAAAUCAGAUUAAAAAGAACAGUAUUUAUAAUUUUCUUCAACAAAUAUAAUAGUUAAUCUAUUA